AUGCACCGGAUUAACUCGUGGGCGAAAGCUCACGCAUCUUCUCGCGGCAACCCGAACCUCAAGGCCGACCCGAUCGCGGAAGCCUCUACUUCCUCCUCUCAAGAUGUACAAGUGAACGGUACAGAAGAGGGAUCCCACUCGGGUCCCUCUGAGAAGGAUAACGCCAAACCCGCCCUGCUCGUUCGCAUGCGCAAUGGCAGCGGCCGAUUCGUCAAUCACACCAAGGAUGCCCUCUUCCACAGCUGGGUCAACGUCCUGCUGGUCUUCGUACCAGCCGGUAUCGUCGUCAAGGCUAUCGGCCUGAACCCCGCGAUCGUGUUCGCAAUGAACGCCGUGGCCAUCAUCCCUCUGGCGGGUCUGCUCAGUCACGCGACUGAGAGUGUGGCCUCCCGCCUGGGCGACACGAUCGGAGCCCUGAUCAAUGUCACCUUUGGUAAUGCCGUCGAGCUUAUUAUCUUCAUUAUUGCCCUGGUCAAGAAUGAGAUUCGCAUCGUUCAGGCUUCUCUGCUGGGUUCUAUCCUGGCAAACUUGCUUCUCAUUCUGGGAAUGGCCUUCCUACUAGGUGGUCUCCGUUUCCAGGAACAGAUAUAUAACAGUACCGUGACCCAGAUGAGCGCUUGUCUGCUCAGUCUGAGUGUGACGAGUCUGUUGCUUCCUACUGCCUUCCAUGCCUCGUGGUCCAACAGUGCCAAUGCAGACCGUGAGACUCUUAAGGUUAGCCGUGGAACCAGUGUGGUCUUGCUACUCGUGUACAUCCUGUACAUUCUCUUCCAGCUCAAGUCCCACUCCUACCUCUACGCUAGUAUUCCUCAACGAAUUAUCGACGAGGAAUCCCACCCCGGUAUUCUCGCCGAGCUCAUGAAUAGCUCCUCCGAAUCAUCAUGCAGUUCCAGCGAUGAGUCCGUUGACACAACAACCUCAUGGAGUACCGCCAAGCGCAUCAAGCGAGCCAUGAAGCACCGCCGACACCGCAAGUCUAGCACCAGCUCCAAAGAUACCGCAAUUGCCAAGAAGGUCAUGACCAACGAGAACAAGAGCUCGGUCGGGAACUCUAUUGCAAGCAACAACAAUGACUCUAGCUCAUGCGCCAUCGACUUUGCUGAUGAUACCCGCUACGAGGCUGAUGAUGACGCCCAGCCGGCUUCUGGAUUCCGCUCGCGUGAUUUCGGCGUCCCGGCUAGUCGUGUGCAGAGCGCACAGAGCGAUAGUUCUCGCAAGCGCGAGAAGGAGCGCAAGAAGCGUCGCUCGAAGAGUGAAAAGUCUCGUGCUCAAAUACCUAAGCCGACUGAGGUCGAGGCUGCUCAGGCUGAGGGCGCUCCCGGCAUGAAGGGAUUCUCGUCCGCGCCUAAUUUUGCUGGCAUAGAGGGUGGUGGAGAAGUCGAUGCUAUAAAAAGAAAGUCGCCUUUCGGCCCUAUACCUUCUCUGCUUUCCAGCACCGUCUUCAGCUCCCAGUCCCCGAAUAACUCCCCUCAUCUUGGUGCCGGUGCUUCCCGUCCGGGUAUCUACCGCAGCAAUUCACUGCCUGCGCAUAUCAGCCGUGCUCCUCCCGUCGGUAAUGCCGUGCAGUUCGCUCGGGGCGCCGCCCGUGCUCCUGGUGCGGCUGACGCUGCGGCUAUCGCCCCUACGGACCACCAGCCCGAACCCGAUAUGUCUCGAACCGCGGCUGUGGUCUUGCUUCUCUGUUCCACCGCCCUGGUCGCCGUCUGUGCCGAGUUCCUAGUCGAUGCCAUCCCUGGGAUGCUCGCCAGCUCGUCCAUCAGCGAGGCCUUCAUCGGUUUGAUCAUCCUGCCCAUCGUUGGUAACGCUGCCGAGCACGUUACCGCUGUCAGUGUGGCUACCAAAAAUAAGAUGGACUUGGCUAUCGGUGUUUCGGUCGGUAGUAGCAUCCAAAUCGCCAUCUUCGUCACUCCCCUCGUUGUUAUCAUCGGCUGGUGCAUGGACAAGGACAUGUCUCUAUACUUCACCCUAUUCGAGACUAUCUCUCUAUUCGUGACGGCCUUCGUGGUCAACUUCCUCGUCCUAGACGGUCGCAGUAACUAUCUCGAGGGCGCCCUGCUCAUCGCCGCCUACGUGAUUAUCGCUCUAGCGGCAUUCUUCUACCCGCCCGCCGACGAGUCCAGCGCCUUCGCCGGCUCGAGUGGUUAA